GUCAUUUGUCGUUAUAUUUAGCGGCGGGCCGGUCAGCCGGGCUGCGGCGGGGGCUAUUAAGCGGCGGGGCGCCCACCCUUGAAGCAGGAGUCCGAGCGAGGAGACGGCGCUGGAACCCAUGGACACGUCGUACCCCCGCGAGGACCCCCGGGCCCCGACGCCCCGCAAGGCCGACGGCAACACCCACACGGCCCUGACGCUGGGGGCGCCCCGACCCCUACCUCGAGACCACUUGAUCUGGUCCGUGUUCAGCACCCUCUACCUGAACCUGUGCUGCCUCGGCUUCCUGGCGCUGGCCUACUCCAUCAAGGCCCGAGACCAGAAGGUGGCUGGAGAUCUGGAGGCAGCCCGGCGUCUCGGCUCCAAAGCCAAGUGCUACAACAUCCUGGCCACAAUGUGGGCGCUGGUGCCGCCACUGCUGCUGCUGGUGCUGGUGGUGACCGGCGCCCUGCACCUGUCUCGGCUGGCCAAGGGCUCCGCCGCCUUCUUCAGCACCAAGUUCGAUGACUCCGACUAUGACUGACAGGCUGGGCCCUGUCCCUGUCCUGAUCAGGGACCCCAACCCCGGGUCUCUACCCCAGCCCCCUGGAACCCUGACCAUCUACAGGCUGAGGCCCACCCCCGCCCUAGCCCGGGCACCUAACACUGACUCUGAAGGUCUUCUGCUCGGGCCUCAGGGGCUUCCCCUCAGCUCGAUGCCCCCAGUUCCCUAACCCCCGGCCCUCAGGCCAGCUCCUCCCUUCCCACUCACCAGGCUCAGCUGUUCAAUUAAAAGGACCUGGUUCCAGAAAGUGCCUUCUGGGACUGUUCCUGGCUGGGGCUGGGGAGGGCGUCUUCCUGAGGGGAGCUCCCCUAGGGACCACCACAACCAAGUCCCCCUGGACUUCCCCCAGCAUCUGCGGUGGGCCGCCCUGUCCUGCUGGCUUGGCCGUGCCCUGACUGUCCCCUUCGUUCAGGCACCAGGCAGCCUGCGGCUUCUGGGCGGAGGCGCUCGAGUAUUUUAGAAUGAAGUUGGGGAACUUGGGUU